UCCACAGCUGUGAGCAGCACCUCUGCUACCCUACUCCACGCGGAUCUACUGGGGUGUGUGUGUCUUAGAGUGUAUUCCUGUGUGUGUGGGUGUGUGUGUGUUAGAGUUGCUUGCAAGUCUCCAGCAUACAUUGUGUGUUUCUCCGCUGCUCCAGUGAUGGUUCUUCCACCUAAGGGUGAAGGCUCUGCUACGGACUCUAUCUAAAACACAUGAGCCCUGGCGUAGCAUCCCAGGAAGAUGGGAAAUGCCUCUGAAACAUCUUUGUUCGCUGACACAUCUUCGUUCCUUUCUACCAUCUCUAAAGAACAUGACAUCCUCAUGGGGACCGUCUAUGCCAUAUUUGGUGUUUUCUCACUGGUGGGGAAUGGGAUAUUGCUGUUUGUGGCCUACCGGAAGAAGUCCUCCCUGAAGCCGACUGAGUUCUUUGUUAUAAACCUCUCCGUCAGCGACCUUGGAAUGACCAUCUCUCUCUUCCCUAUGGCCAUCUCAUCAGCCUUCGCACACAAGUGGCUAUUCAGUGAUGUUACAUGUAUGAGCUAUGCCUUCUGUGGGGUUUUGUUUGGACUAGCCAGUCUCACCAACCUCACAGUGUUGUCAUCUGUGUGCUGGCUUAAGGUCUGCUGUCCCAACUAUGGUAACAAGUUCUCAUCCUGCCAUGCCUAUCUCCUAAUAGCAGCGGUGUGGUGCUAUGCUCUUAUCUUUGCCAUCGGGCCUCUGACUGGCUGGGGCCGGUAUGGUUCUGAACCCUACGGUACAGCCUGCUGUAUCGACUGGUACGCCCCCGGCCAAAGUAGAGCUGCCAUGAGCUACAUCCUCUGCCUCUUCCUCUUCUGCUACAUCGUCCCCUGCAUCAUCAUCUUCCUCUCCUAUAUCUUCAUCCUGCUGACUGUCAAGGGGUCACGCCAGGCGGUGCAGCAGCACAUAUCCCCACAGAACAAGAUCCCCAACACACAUACACUCAUCGUCAAGCUCUCGGUGGCGGUGUGUAUCGGUGUCGUGACCGCCUGGAGCCCAUACGCCUUCGUCUCCAUGUGGGCGGCGUUCAUUAACUCAGCAGAGGUCCCUCCCUUUGCUUUCGCUGUGGCUGCCAUCUUUGCCAAGUCCUCCACCCUCUACAAUCCUAUUGUCUACCUGGUCUUCAAACCCAACUUCCGCAGGUCCCUCUGCCGGGACUGGCUGACAUGCCGACGGACCCUAUGUGCGUGUUUGUGCUCGCACGGCUCGGCCCAGAAGGUGUCCUGUACACAGUCCCAGCAGCAUGGGAAGGAGGAGUGUAACUCAACGCGGCGCUCCAAUGGAUUGCCGGAGAACCAUAGGGGGGCAUGCAGGCACUGCCCAUGCCCAGAGAGAGACACUGGUUCUGGCGGAUACGGCCAAGAGACUACCCCUCAGAGGACUGCAAGGAUACUGCAGGGGUCCACACAUAGCGAAGUGGCUGUUAGUCAGCUGUCCAAUGAGAUGCAGAGUGACUUCCUCUGAAAAGACAAAGGAGAGAGAG